UAUUUUUUAUGUAUUUAUUUUGACAGUUUCAUAAGAAAUCGAGGAAAAUUAGCGUUUCCUUUGGAAAAUCUUAUACACAGAAAUUAAAAAAGUCUAUAGAGUACAUCUUUGGGAGAUGUUGAAAAAAAUCUGCUGCUGCUUUGUCAUUCUUGGCUCCUUUGCAUUUCUUAUUCGGUAUCAUUUCAUAGGAAGAAAGUGUCGCUGCAGGAGGAAUUUAAAUGGAAGAGUUGUUAUUGUUACAGGUGCAACUUCAGGAAUUGGUUAUGCGCUGGCUGAAGAAUUGGCCAAAAGAGGUGCAAAUCUAAUUUUGGGCUGCCGAGACAUUGAAAAAGCGGACCGUGUUAAAAAAAAGAUCUGUCUAAAAACUGGAAACAUUAACAUCAGAAUAUCUGAACUUGACCUUGCAUCAUUAGCUUCAGUUUCAAAGUUUUCUCAAGACAUCCUGGAUAGUGUAGAAUCUGUCUAUGCCAUCGUGAACAAUGCAGGAAUUUUUUACAUUCCUUCUGGAAACACUAUAGACGGAUUCGAGGAGACAUUUCAAGUAAACUAUUUGAGUAUUUUCCUUCUAACAUUACUACUUUUGCCGGCUCUUCGCAAACAUCGUGACCCAGCUAGGGUAGUCUGCAUUGGUUCAGAGUGUCACUUGCAAACCUGGUUAUUUCCACAGCCUGAAUAUCACAAAGCCUUUGAGGAUUCUGUAGAAGAUCGCUUCCGAGCCUAUUCCUACAGUAAAUUUUGUUUAACAUUGUUCAGCUGGAGACUCUCUAAUCUCAUUGAGAAUUCUAAUAUCUCAGUCCAUUGUGUGGAUCCAGGAAAUACAGAGACAUCCAUAUAUCGAACAUUCCCGCCUCUUACGGAAAAAAUAUCUAAGUGGAUUCAGAAACCAAUUAGAAUAUUUGUCGUAAAGACUCCACUAGAAGGAGCACAGAGUAUCCUUCACGCAAUUCUCUCCGAAGACAAACCGCCAUUCUAUUUAAGAAAUCUCCGAGAGGAAGUUAAGAUUCAUAGUCGACUUAGUGAUCCAAUCCUAGGUAUAACUUUAUGGCGAAUGAGCAGGAAAAUGUGCGGAAAUCAUCUCCAUUCAAUAAGUUAGUGCCCAAAAUUUGGAAUGAUCCCAACAAAGGUAUCCAAAAAAUACUCAUUGACUUUCAAUUCUCCUCCAUUAUCAAAGCCUCUGAGAUUUCUAGAUGCCUUAUUAAUGUGAGCGCUAUAGAGGAUUUGGAUGGGCGUGAAAGUGAAAUUCUAGGGAGAGGAGAACGCCAAGAGAUAUGGAUUGAAUUAGGUACAGCAAAAACUCCGAUUGAUUGCUACAUUGAAAUUUUGCUCCGAGAGAUGCUAACUGGAGAAAAGAGUCGUUGCUUUAUCGCCACAAAAUCUGGUCAAAAAGUUUCAUUUACGCUUAAACUUCUCAGAAUUGAUUUUCGAGGAUACCUUUUUGAGUUGGGGGCGCAAGAAAUUGUCAAUCUUGCGCAAAAAUAUCGAGAAAUUGGAGUGGAAAUGUUCAAAAAAUAUCCGGUAUUCGCUCAAGAUUACUUCAAUCGUGCAGCUAAAUGCGUUCUUUCCUUGGGACCCCUUCAACCCGAAAACCAAGAACCAACAAUGGAUGGUUUGUCUUCCAUGGAGCUUGAGAGACUUCUUGAGGGGAUUUAUAGUAAUAUUUCAGCAUGUCUACUGAAGCAGAAUCGCUUGGAGGAAGUACUCUACCUUAUGGAAUUCACCAAAAGAAAUCACGAUGUUCCCGAUAAGGCAAUUUAUAGAAAAGCAUUAGCUCAUCAUGGUCUAAAACAAUUUGAAGAAGCGAAAAAUGAACUACAGCGACUUAACUAUCAAAACAAUAAAGAACUUCUAGCUCUAUGGAAUAAAAAUCAGGCUGAAUGGAGGGUUGAGGAGGACAAAUAUGCUAAAAUGGUUCAAAAAAUGUUUACUCAUUAAAUACAAAAUCAAUGCAAUCAAAAAUUAGUCAUUAAAUUAAAUGCUAAUAAUAUGGAGUUAAUAAAAUUAGAAUCAGAUAAAAAA